AUGGCCUCAUCCCUGCGUGUCACUCUGCUGCUCCUGGCUGCAGUGCUCUUGGACUUGGCCCUGACCCACAAGGCCUUUAAGUUCCAUCACAAGAGGUCUCCCAUUCUCGGCGGCCUGGAAGAUGUGGAUCCUAGUGAUGAAGGCGUGCAGCAGGCUGUGGACUUCGCCCUCCGCGAGUACAACAAGGACAACAAUGACCUGAGCCUGAGCCGCGUGGUGCGGGUGGUGCGUGCCCGUAAGCAGGUGGUGGCCGGCAUGAACUACUACUUGGAUGUGGAGAUUGGCAGAACCACCUGUGCCAAGGACCAGCCCAUCCAGGAGGACUGUCUGCUCAGUGGGGAACCGACGCAGCUCUGCUCCUUCGUGGUCUACUCCAGGACCUGGGAGGACUACAUGGCUCUGACAAGCUCCAACUGUCACAGUUCCUGAGGUUCUCUUUGACCAGGCCACACCCACUACUCCUUACCCGUGUCCCUUGCAGUCUUCCCACCCCUAGGAUUGAGCCCAGCCCUAGUGCAAUGUCCUCUGUACCUCAGCACCCAGGCUCAGUGGGCUCCUCCAGUGAAUGUGGACAAGCAGGAGCUGUCCUCUC